AUGGCUGAUGAAAUUAAAAUUGCGGAAAAGUAUCGUAAACGACGGAACAAACGGGUUAAUCAAGUUGCAGUAGCGGUUGGUGGAUACGCUUCUCUUCAUUUGUGUAAAGAGCCCCAGCAUACAAGUAUUUAUACAGGCAAGGCAUGGGUAAGGGAUGUUUUACAAGGCCAUUCCACUCGUUGUUAUAACAUGUUUAGGAUGGAAAGAGAAGUGUUCUUUAGUCUUUGCACAGAAUUGCAACAACACGGUCUAAGGGAAACUAGAAAUGUUGGGAUACAUGAAAUGGUUGCAAUACUUGCUAUGACCAACAUCAAACCAAAAGAUCCAACGUUUCAGCAUUUGCAUACUAAAAUACGGCCUGGUGGUCGAUACUGGCCCUUUUUCAAACAUGCUAUUGGAGCAAUUGAUGGAACACAUAUUUCGUGCAUUGUUGAUGCAACUGAGCAAACAAAAUUUAUUAACCGAAAAGGAAGAGUGACGCAAAAUGUAAUGGCUGUUUGCGAUUGGGACAUGUGCUUCACUUUUGUAUUGGCCAGAUGGGAAGGUAGUGCGCAUGAUGCUCGUAUAUUUGACCACGCCCUUACAACUCCUUCCAUGAACUUUCCUCAUCCGCCUCAAGGCAAAUAUUAUUUGGUGGAUGCUGGCUAUCCGACGCCCAUGGGAUACCUUGGUCCCUACAGACGUGAACGCUACCAUCUCCCUGAUUUCCGAAGGUCAUCUGCACUUGAAAAUGACAAUGAGGCGUUCAAUUAUUUGCACUCAAGUCUACGGAGCACUAUCGAAAGAACUUUUGGAGUUUGGAAGAGUAAGUUUGCAAUUUUAGGAAACAUGCCGAGCUAUGACUUUGCAACACAGGUUCAAAUUGUUUGUGCAACGAUGGCCAUACAUAACUUCAUUAGAUCAACAUCCAUUUCUGAUCCUGGUUUCAUUCAGUUUGAACAAGAAGGUUCUUAUGCAGAAGAAAAUGAUGAUGAUGGAGUUGGAUCUUCACAUAUACCUUCAUCAGUAGAUUCUUCAUCUCACAUGGUUCGGCUUCGUGACUCCAUAAGAGAUCAAAUUAUUCACUACAUACAAGAAUAG